AUGUCUCCAAGAAACGAUACACUUCUCUCCCAAUGCCUCGCUCAAGCCGAGUUGUCUCCUCUGCACUACCGCCAUGGCGCAAUCAUUGUUCGCGGCGGCAAGGUCAUUGGCCAGGGCUUCAAUUCGUACCGUCCAGGUUUCGAUGGUGGUGCUCUUAAGACCGGCACACUUCCGUUCGCCUCCCUUGAUGGAGUAGCCAUCGCUGAGCUCAAGCAGCGCUUGAAGUCUAAGCCGGACCGUAAGUCCAAGUCGACGUUGGAUAAUCAGCAGGACUCGGGUACUUUCACGCCUUUUGAGUCCAUGGGCCAAGGUCACAACGCCAACACGCCCUUGUCUCUUCAUUCCGAGAUGAUGGCUAUUCAGUCCGCCCUAUCACUCUCUUCUGGCGCCCUGUCCUCUCAGACGUCAGCACGCUCCGCAAAGUAUUACCAAAAACCGUGCUUCUCCUUAUCAGGUGAUUCUAAAAACCGUAGAGCACGAGCCCGCGGUCUCAAAGCAUACGCCGAGGCCAUCUGCACAGAGGCUACCGAGACCGUGGCAAGUUCUCUCUUCAAAAGCAGGGUUUUGAACCCCGUACAUCUCAACCAGGUGUCCAAGGAGAACAACGACAAGUCCAACAACAAGGAGGAGGACAGCGGGUUUCAGGAGGCCAAGGAGGACGUGGCUUCGAACACAUGGAAAACUACAGAGAAACACCGAAUGAAGAAGAACGAGUACAAGUACUACGAAGAUCAUCACAGGACUCAGCCUCACUACUAUCAUCACACGGCUCAACAGAAGCACUAUGCACAUAAGCGCAGUUCGGAGCCGCAAAGCUCUAAGGAUCUAGGAGAGAACACUGCAUCGACAGGCUCGCAGCCAUCAAGCCAGUCGGAGACAUCAAGCAGCGAUGAUAAUUCCAGCCCAAAGAAAGUCAAGAUUAAGGUAAGUGGUAUCUACCACCUCGCAACAUACACUAACAGGAAUCAGCCUUCCAGGAAGUCGCCCCCGCUUCCUCCAAAGACAGAACAAAUCCUAGUUACCAAGAAGUCAACCCUAAACUCCAAGCCCUCAGUCGCAGCACGCACCAAAGACCUGCGCCUCAAGGGCUCCGACCUCUACGAAAUUGCAAAAUAUUUCCCACAAAGCACAACAGGCCCCCAUAUCCCAUCCCAGAUACAACUCAACCUUCACCCCCACCCCCCAAAUCCCCCACCCACAUCCCUAUCCCUCCACGACGAGCUAUCCACGCUCUCCCGCUCUCCCUCCCCGCCUUCUCCGCCGACCGAACCGCCGCCCCCCAAGCCCGAGAUUAGAGCCUCACGCCCAUGCUACCGAUGUGUGUCCGCCAUGCAUGCUGUAGGCAUCAAGCGCGUGUUCUGGACGAAUGUGGACGGGGAGUGGGAGGGUGCUAAAGUACGGAACUUGAUUGAGGCGCUUGAGGGUGGUGGAGGCGAGGAGGCGAGUGGAGAAGGCGCGAAGGUUGACAAGGGGAUUUUUGUUACGAAGCAUGAGGUGCUGUUAUUGAAGAGAGUUAUGGGAUUUUAA